AUGGCGGCAACUGUUCUUACCAGCUACUGCUGCAGCUCGUCUCUCAAACCAAUCGACGAUUCAUCUAAACAACUCGAGGAAACGAAGUCAGUCAAGUUCCCCGAGCGUGCAAGGAAUUCCCGGCGCCACCCUUCGAGACCUUCCAUCAAGCCAAACAGCCCCGCUGUCACUCGUUCCCUCUUAGCAUUAGCUGAUUCUGGUUGUGCCAUGGACUCCGCGCUCCAGCUGUUCGAGAAAAUGAACCACUCAGACACCUUCAUAUGGAACGUCAUCAUCAGGGGACUUGCUAGGAAUGGGUUGUUCUCGGAAGCCGUCGAUUUCUACCGCAGGAUGGAGCGGGAAGGGAUUCGAAUGGACUAUUUCACCUUCCCGUUUGUAAUCAAAGCGUGUGGAGAGUUGAUGUGGUUAACCGAAGGGCAGCGAGUUCACGCCAGGCUGAUUAAAGUCGGGUUGGAUUCCGACAUCUACGUUUGUAACUUUCUUGUGGAGAUGUAUUUCUCGGUUGGGUGUGCUGAGUUAGCGGAGAAGGUGUUUGAGGAAAUGCCUCAGAGGGACCUGGUUUCUUGGAACUCUAUGGUUGCUGGGUAUCUUUCGGCUGGAGAUGGGUUCAGCUCGUUAGGUUGGUUUCGAGAAAUGAUUGGUUCAGGGAAAAAACCGGAUAGGUUCGGCGUUAUUAGUGCUCUCGGUGCAUGUUCUAAGGAAAGCUGUUUGAAAUCUGGGAAGGAAAUUCACUGCCUAGUGAUUAAGAACGGGAUUGAUUUGGAUGUUAUGGUGGGAACUUCUCUAGUAGAUAUGUAUGGUAAAUGUGGUGAAGUUCGCUCUGCGGAGAUGGUGUUCCACCUUAUCCCAUUGAAAAAUGUUGCAGUCUGGAAUUCCCUGAUUAAUGCCUAUGUUGUAAGUGGCAAAUCUGCAGAGUCAUUUGCUUGUUUGAGACUAAUGCAAGAGGAUCAACACAUGGUUCCAGAUGCUAUUUCCUUGAUAAACGUUCUCCCGUCUUGUUCACAAGUAGGAUCUCUGAAGGAGUGUCAGUCCAUCCAUGGGUAUGCCUUCAGGAAGCUUCUUCUCCCUCAGGUAGUCUUGGAAACUUCCCUGGUCGACGCUUAUGGAAAAUGUGCAGCAGUGAGAUCGGCUGAACGUCUUUUUAGUGUUAUCAGUGAGAAGAAUUUGAUAUCAUGGAACACCAUGAUUGCUGUUUAUGUACAGAACGAAAAACACGAGGAGGCUCUCGAACUGUUUCAGGAGAUGUGUUUGAAGCAGUACCACCACCUUAAACCGGAUGCAAUCACAAUUGCUAGCAUCCUUCCUUCCUACGCAGAGCUAGCUAUGGUAAACGAGUGUAAGCAGAUCCAUGCUCUUGCUGCCAAGUUCGGCUCAAACACCGUCAUCUCCAAUGCUCUCAUUCACGCUUAUGCAAAAUGCGGCGAUCUUGACACCGCAAGAAGGAUCUUCGAUCGAAUGCCGGGUAAGAAUCUGGUUUCAUGGAACACUAUGAUCUUGGCUUACGGUAUGCACGGAUUUGGUGAAACUGCCAUUGCCACGUUUUCCCAAAUGAGGGAAACCGGUAUUGAACCAGAUCAAGGCAGUUUCGUCUCGCUGCUGUACUCUUGCAGCAUCUCUGGCCUCAUUGAACAAGGGUGGGAGUACUUCAACGCGAUGAAAUCCGAGUACAACAUCGACCCUGGAAUCGAGCAAUACGGCUGCAUGAUAGAUCUCCUAGGACGCUCGGGAAAUCUCGACGCAGCCAGGGAGUUCAUCGAACAGAUGCCCCUGCCACCGACAGCAAGAAUCUGGGGCUCAUUCCUCUCAGCAAGCAGAAACAACAACGACUUAGCAUCGGCCGAACUUGCCGCCAGCAAGAUCUCCUCCCUCGAACACGACAACACGGGCUGCUACGUCUUGCUCUCGAACAUGUACGCAGAAGCCGGGAGGUGGGAAGACGUGAACAGGAUCAAAUCCCUGAUGAAGGAGAAGGGGUUAGCGAAAACGACUGCAAGUUGCAGCGUUCAGAUUGGAGGCAAGAGCGAAAGGUUCGUUUACCACGACGUGUCCCACCGCGAGGCGAACAUGAUCAGUGAAGUACUUGACGUGAUGCUGAAGCAAACAGGCGAGGAUGUGAAAAUGAACAUGAAGUUUAGACCGGUGGAUUUGAUCAAGAGGAGAAGGGGCUCGCCGGAGGGACACGCAGUCAGGCUGGCGAUCUGCUUAGGCUUGGUGUCGACGGCAGUUGGGAAGCCUUUUGUGGUCAGGCAGAACACGAGAAUCUGCAAGGAUUGCCAUCGGUUGGCGAAGAAGAUCUCCAGGGCUUGUAAUAGAGAGAUUGUGGUGGGAGAUGGCAAAGCUUUCCACCAUUUCAAUGGUGGAGUUUGUUCAUGCGGGGAUUACUGGUAA